AUGGAACAACAGAUUCUCCAGGCUGUUGAGAUCGCUUUGAGCGGUACUUCAGAUGUUGCCUUGAAGAAUCAAGCUAUUGAGUUUGUUAAUAACAUAAAGAGUACUCCAGAAGGUUACAAGUCAUGUGUGGACAUUUUGUUGAAGUCCGUUGAAGGAAAUAGCAUCGGUCUGAGUGGCGCAGUGCUAUCAGGUUCUGGGGCAGAUUCAGGUGCCGAUUCAGGAGCUGGGGCUGGAGGUAGCUCGGUGGCGGCUUCUUCAGGUAAGAAUAAUACCAAUGGUGAUGCAACAACUAAGCAUCAACUUGACGACAAUUUGAAGUUCUUCAUCUAUCAAGUCAUUGACGAAUACAUGGACAAGUUGAACUCGGAAGAACUCUUUGGUUUGAAUGAAUCUCUCUUCAAGGUGUUGGGGUUCUAUGUGGAAAAGGGGAUACAGGAUGCCACCUACUUGAAGAACAAGUUUUCCGCUCUUUUCGGUCAAUUGUUUUGUCGGGUGUAUUUGAAUGUUUAUCCCAAUUUCUUGAACCAUUGGUUAAAGCUAUUUGCAACGGGGAACAUGAUAGCAGCCGAUUAUUACAUUAGAGUGUUGAUCUGCAUACAUCUGGAAAUAGCUGAUAGAUUGAUCUCCCGUUCCAGAGAGAUUCAAGAACGUUCAAACUUGUUGAAAGAUGCCAUCAGAGAAGAAGAUAUGAAUUCCUUAGUCACUUCUUGGUCUACAAUACUUGUUAACCCAUCCAAUUAUACCCCAGAAAUCAUUAAUAAUACCAUCAAAGUGAUCGGUCAAUACAUUGACUGGAUGGAUAUCAGUUUAUUUGUUGGCAACGACUUCCUUAAUAGCUUAUUUCAAUAUCUUUCUGUUGUCCAACAACGUCGAGAAACUUCGUUGACUUUAGUGGAAAUCACAAGCAAGAAAAUGAAACCAUUAGCCAAAUUAGAAUUAAUUUCUCUCUUGAAUUUGACUUCUAUCAUUGACUCUAUCAAUCUAGCUGAUGUUGAUGUUGAAUUCGCAGAAGCUCUUGCAAAAUUAGCAAAUCAGGUUGGUAUUGAGUUGAUUUACGUUUUGGAAAAUGAUUCAAGUUUGGUGGAACAAGUAAGAGUUCAAUUGUUCAAAUUGUGGCCCUCAAUUUUCCGUUUCCUCGAACAUGAAUAUGAUGACGUCUCUAUCCAGGUCUUUCAUUUCAUCCAAACUUUUCUUUUAGCAUGGAAGAAACAACAGCAUUUGAAUGACGUGGAUUUAUUAUCUUCGUUGCUCAAUAAAAUCAUUAUGAAAAUGAAAUUCGAUGAUGAUGACGAUGGUGAUGAUGAAGAUACAAUUGAGCAGUUUAACGACGUUAGAGUAAAGUUGAAAACAAUGCAAGAUACCAUUACUAUUUUGAAACCCGAAUUAUUUUUGGAAGCUAUCCCUUUGGUAAUCCAAGAAUCUAUAUUUAAAUCUAAAGAUCCUCAGGAUUGGAGAAAACUAGAAUUGGGAUUAUAUGAAUUGAAUAAUUUCAGUGAUUCCUUGAAGAAUAAUCAUAUAAAUGUUCCAAAAACUCAAAUCAAUAGUUCCAAGCCAUACUUAAUAUUCCAGGAAUAUUUGAUUCAAUUAAUCAAUUCCGACUUUAUAUUAAAUGUCAGUCAUCCAUUAAUUCAAACUGCAUUCUUCGAGUUGAUUGUUAGACACUACAAUUUUCUUGUUUCAACCAACCACCAAUUGACAUUCAGAAUCUUGAAUGUUUUUGCCAGUCCCUUGGGAUUAUAUAAUUCCAAUGAUACUGUAAGAUUAAGAUGUUGGUAUUUAUUCCAGAGAUUUUUAAAGUUAACCAGACCUUCCAUAUCUGAGGCAGCAUUCCUCGAUGAAUUGGUGAUUAAGUUACAACCAUUGUUGGAAAUCAAACCUGAGAUGCCCGAACCAGCUGAUAGUGAUGAAGAACUGGAACUUAACUCAAACUUUAAAAAUCAAUUAUACAUUUUUGAAUCGAUCGGGUUGAUAAUAAUGUUAUCUUCUAUCGAUAAUGCAUUAAAAUUAAAACUCAUAGACUUGGUUUUCCAACCAUUAUUCAACACUUUAGAGAGUUGUAUACAAAGAAAGGAUUCAGCAGCAUCUCCUGAAGAAUUACAAUUACUCGCAUUGCAAGUUAGUCAUUCCUUAAUGGCUAUUAGUAUAUUUGCAAAUGGUUGUAUAGCUGAAUCCGUAACAAAGUACAGUCCGGAAAUAGUUGAUCGUUUCAAUUCUGCUUCUACUGUGGUGUUGAUUUCUUUAGAAAACUUUUCCAAGUUUGAAUCUGUUAGAGAAGCAUCCAGAUCUGCGUUUGCAAGAUUUAUUCCAAUUUUGAAUGGACUUAUACGUAAUCAUUUGUCCAAAUUGAUUUCAUUAAUUCUUGCAGCCGGGAACUUAAAGAUUGCUGAGUUGAAUGAUUUCUUACCAUUCUUGGGACAAAUUGUGCACAAGUAUCAGAAGGAUGAAAGUAUUUAUCAAUUAUUGAACAAUUCAAUGACCCCAGUUAUUGAUAAGGUUUUCCAAAUGUUAAGUGAACGUGAGAAUGAAUUGAUUCCAGAUUUGGUUAGAUCCAAGAAUCUGUUGAAAAGAUCACUUAUGAACUUCUUUUCCAAUCUUACCAUCAACCAUUCAUUGUCUUUGAUUGUGACUGAGACCAAUAAGCAGAAACUUCCCCUUGUGGUUAACUCGUUUAUUGAGUUUUCCUAUGAAUUGAACGACACCACUGUCUCGAAGUUGGCCAUCACCCAAUUGAUUAAUAUGGUUACAGUUUUCGGUAAAGAUGAUAAAAUUAACGAUUCAUUAGAUCAAUUUGGACAAGCCUUGCCUCCAGUUGAAGGGAUCAGUGAGUUUUUGAUGAACAAGGUUAUUCAAUUGGCCUUUGAGCUUCCAUUCCAAAACCAACAGUUUAACAUUAAGGAUGCACAAUAUAGAUUAGUUGCGCAAGAGAUCUCGUUACUAUUGAAAACGUACUAUCAGAUUAAAGGCGAUGAGUUUCUUGCCAACUUGUCCAACUAUUUGACUACCAUGGGGUUAUCACAAGAGCUUAUGAACGAUUUCGGAACCAACUUGGUGAGCUUGGACCAAAGACAGUUUAAAAAGUACUUUGUUUCAUUUGUGACCGAGUUGAAGAAGUGA